UGCGGGGGCUUCGGCAGUGUUGACUUUAGGCAAACCUCUGCAUUAUGAAUCAACUGCUUGCCUAUGUGAACCCCUUAGAUUCCAACUUUGUGGCUGCUGUCCUUGCCAUCACCUUCAACCCACUCUUCUGGAAUGUGGUUGCAAGAUGGGAGCAGAAGACAAACAGGCUAAGCAAGGCCUUUGGGUCACCCUACCUGGCCUGCUACUUGCUGGGGAGUGCCAUCCUCCUCCUGAAUUUGGUUCGCUCACACUGCUUUACACAGGCCAUGCAAAGCCAACCCAAGAUGGAGAGCCUCGAUAAUGCUCCAGCCUACUGUAUAGGCCUCUCGUUCCUGGGAGUGGGUUUCAUGUUUGUGCUCUCCAGCUUCUCCACACUGGGCUUCACUGGAACCUUCCUAGGUGAUUACUUCGGCAUCCUAAAGGAAGCUAGAGUGACUACAUUCCCAUUCAACAUCUUGGACAAUCCCAUGUACUGGGGUAGCACCGCCAACUACCUGGGUUGGGCUGUCAUGCACGCCAGCCCCACAGGCCUGCUGCUGACUGCAGUAGUGGCCCUCAUCUACAUGGUUGCUGUGCUCUAUGAAGAGCCCUUCACAGCAGAGAUUUACCGGCAAAAUGACAUCCAGUCCAAUAAGAGGAACUGA